AUGUCACGGACAGUUGAGAGGUGCCCCAGCGAUUCGCAGGAACCAAUUCAGCAGAGGAAGCUCCUUCCGAGAUCUCAGUGCCUCAUUGUUGUCAAUCUUCCGGAGGCCGAGGCCACCACUGCCCAGGCUCGCAUGAACCACGACCUGCAGCUGCUGAGGUUGCACAUGGUUACCUUGUUUGAUGGCGACGAGGUGGAACCAGCGGCAUCGAUCAGCGUAAAAGCGACAUUCAGGCUUGGAAAACUCCGUCAGGAUAAUUCUCCACGACCACUAAAAGUGGUUCUUCGAGCAGAAAGCCAGGUCAAAGCGAUUCUCCAGCGGACCUACAAGCUGAAGGGAACUCCGGUGCGAUUCCUCAGGGAUCUUGAUCCCGACCAGUGUAGUAAAUUGAAAACUGCAUUAGAAGAACUCGGGGAGCGCCGUGCAAAAGGGGAAACUGAUCUGUGUCUACAGGAUUUUCGUGUGCAUCGGAAGCGCCCUCAGUUGCGUUGGUUGCCCUUGGUCGGGGGAGAACCCAGGAGACUGUUUAAUCACGGACUGGGGGAUUAG